AUGUCUGAAGUCUCAAUCACAGAAGCUCACCUUGGUGAACUACGGGGAAAGUUUGAACAUGUUGGCGGUGCGAGUGGUAUCGGAAAGGCAAUUGUGGAGCUUAUAGUCCGGAAAGGUGGCCGUGUAGCCUUUGCCGAUAUGGACGCAACAUCCGGUGACGUUCUGGAGACGGCGUUGAAGCAAGAAGGCUUUAAGGUCACUUUCUAUAAGGUGAAUGUCGCAAGUUGGCUCGAAAUGAAGGCCUUUUUUGCGGAAGUCAAAGAUAGCUACGGGCGGAUUGAUCUUGUCUUUGCCAAUGCAGGUGUGGGAGACAACAACUUGACUUUCCAGGAUUUGCUGGACGCAGAUGGAGAACUUGCACCGCCAGACUUGAACGUGAUAGACGUCAAUGUCAAUGGCGUGAUUUAUACAUCCAAGCUUGCUCUUCACUACAUGAGACAGAACCCGCAGCCACAGGGCGGCGGUCUCGUCCUCACCGGAUCGACGUCAUCAUACAACGAACGUCCAAAUCUGCCUCUCUACUCUAUGGCAAAGCACGGUGUCAUCGGCCUGAUGCGGGCAUUACGUCAAAACGCGCCUGCUGACAGCAUAAAUGUUGGUGCCAUAGCACCAGGCGGAACACAAACCCGCCUAUUCACUUCCGAUGCUGCCAGCGCCUUCAGGAGCCUGGGUAUUCCUGUGAAUAAGGCUUCUUCUGUAGCGCUGGCUGCCGUCUACCUAGCCAGUAUUCCGGCAACCAAUGGGAAGGCCUUAACAGUCAUAGGAGACAAGUUCACAGAAGUCGAGGACAGUAUACUAGCCACACAACAUUUAUGGUAUGGGCAAUACAAUACAGAUAUGGCGCGACGGGCUUCCGGUUCGUUUAUGUCAACAGUAGAAAUCAUGCUCCGUGGCUCGUGGAGCGACAUUGAUCUCCUUGUAGGUGAGGCUACAUAUACCGAUGCAAGAGCCGACGCAAGUUCACUUGCUCGCCUGCCAUUGUGGGACAAGCAGGUACCCGCCAUAUUAGUCGCGGAAAUACAGAUGCUUGAGGCUGGUUUUCAAGAGAUGGCCCGUGUCGGAGGCGUAGAAGAAGUGGAGAGAACAUUGGUUCUCCACCUUCAGUACUUUUGCCCAUGGGGAAUCCUCAGUCGAAAGACAUGCUGCUAG